GGUUAGCCGCCCAAGAAAGACAAAGGCUAAACGACACACCCCACUUGUUAUCACGAGGUGGAUAUGCAAAACUGGAGAAGAAACUGAGAAAGUCUAGAGCCGAUGCCUUGGGACUUGAGUCGCCUGACCUAGCACCUGCACCUGCUAGGUACGAGCUGUGGAAGGCUGCUCGGACUAAAUCUGAUGGGAACAUGACAUCUUCCUCAGCUGCCUUGAUCUCACAGAGAAUUGAUGAGUUGGUUGAGCAGCAGACUCAGGGGACAUUUGUUGGCCAAGGUAGGGACGACAUUCUGACAACGGCCAUUGGAAGGCCCGAGCACCCAGGACGUGUACGUGGAGUUCCAGGGGCGAUUGGUCUUCGUGACUAUUUUGGCCCUACACAGAAAACCCCCCAAUCAAUGAGUCAGGAGACACUGAGGCAGAUGGAUCUUCAGUGGGAGGAAAGACUCAACCAAAGCAUGAGAUCAAUGGAGCAACGAUUCAUGGAGCAGCUACAAGAACAAAAACAAAUACAAAGAGCGCUUGAAGAAAAGCUGCAUUCCAUGACGCAAGGCCACAUGGGGGCCGAUGAAACUCCCACAGCACCUCGUGUCAGCACUAGAGGAUCAUGCUCUGCUGUAGAACCCAAUGAGUAUAGCGGUCAAUAUGAGCUGUUGGUUGAUGGGGAUCCCCCACGCAUUGUGGCUGUCGGACGAGUGCUUGAGGGAGGGGAGACCAUUCAUGGUGUUGCCAUAUUACCCCAGCACGUGCGUGUGACCAUUGACGAGGUUCGGGAUCCCCAGGCUCAGGUGCCUGUACCCACUCCAGAAAUUAACUUUGUGGGGGAGGCCAUAGGAACAUUUAUUGCCUGGCCUAGAGCAUUGAUCAUGUCCCACAUCGCGACUCCACAGUUCACACGUCCUCAGAAGCAGCCAAUUCAUGAUACAGUCAUACAUGAAGAUGAUGACAUGGCUGAAGCAGAGGAUGAUCCUAUAUCAAAGUUAGUGACAAAAUUACCCAGAUUGAAGAAAGCAUCAUUACAACUAUACUGGGAUUUGAGGGUAUUUGGUCUUCCCCCACAUGUGCCAGUUUAUAUCACAUUUUCUGAUGCAUUGGAGGUGAUUGAGGGAGACAGGAUGUUGAAUAUUUCCAUCAUUCAGUUGUGGUGCAUGUACAUGGACACAAUCGUUGUAGACCAAGGUCGGUCUUCCAUGUACGGAUUUGUUGAACCUCAGACCAUUCAACCGUCUGGUAACACACUUCAAAACAGACAACAUUAUUUGCAAACAUGGAUGGAUGAGUCCAAAAGAGACAUAUACCUUGUGCCAUACAUUGACGGGUACGUGUUUUUAUAUGUGGUCAGUUUAUUAUUAUAGUUUCCUUAAUUAGUUGAAUAAC